AAUGUCAGAAGGAAAUAUGCCAACUCAGUACAAUACCGGUGCUUCGGCCACUAGUAGCUCUAUGUUUGAUGUAAACUAUAUCAAGAGUAUACCUGGUUUGCUUAAAAUCGCUCAAAUAGUUCUCAGUCUUAUAACAUUCAUAUGUGCUAGUGUUAAAUCAUCAUUCGUCAAGGAAGGAGGCGGAUGGGUUCAAUUUGUGUCAAUGACUGCUCUUAUCAUUUGCACUGUUCUACUCAUCUUUUACGUUACGUCGCUAAUUAACAAAUUACCUGGACCUUGGCCGUUGAUAGAAUUCGUCUACUACGGCGUCUACACCUUAUUUUAUUUUAUCGCCUUCGUAGUUGCCGCUGCCCAGGGUACUAAAUAUAAAAUAGACGCCGGAAAAGCUGCUGCUGCGUUCAGCUUCUUCACGCUAGGAACAUUUGCAGUUGAUACAUUUUUCAAAUUUCAAACAUGGAGGACGGGGCAGCCAAUGGUUACUAUAAAUAAGCCUGCCGAACCAGCUGGAUCAAAUCCGGAAGCUCCUAAGACAACAUACUAA